GGGUCAGAGUCAGUCAGUUUCAGAAGUUGCUGAGGAGAGGUUGUCGGCGAGCUUGCGGAGUGCGCCGUCUCUUGCUUCUACUUAACAAUGGCUCGGAAAGACCUGCAACUUGUGCUGUUAUUAUUAGGAAUAUAUGGCGCGAGUGCCAACAGGGAGGCCGAGUGCAUCGAGGUGGGGUACGCGCGCUCCGCCGGCUCCAUCCUCCACCAGGGCUUCGAGGCCACCAAGGGAGAGCUGCUGCAGAAGUGGGCGCAGGAGGACGCCAGCGGAGUGCCCACGUUCUCGGGGCUGACGCAGGUCCUGAAGAAUGUCACGCGAACGGGCGAGUUGCUGGAGUCGACCUCGAAGACGAUCCUGGGCAUGAUCAGGAAGACUCGGGUGGGCAAACGGUGCCCCGAAGACUGGCUCCUGAAGGGGUUGGAGAAGCACGUGAUUCCCUUGAUGAACAUCGACAAGGACCUGUCAGAGGAGCUGGGUCUAGUGAUGUCGUUCCGGUGCAUGGUGGGGUCGCCCUACCCGAACGUGGACGGCACUUGCGUCAACCAGGAGUCGCCUGACCUGGGCGCGAUCGGCGCGAAGUUCCUCCGCCUCCAGCCCGCAGCCGCCGGCAAGGAUGGAUUUUCCCUCCGCGAGUCUGUGUCGGGGGAGAAGACACUGCCCUCAGCCAGGGCGGUGGCCAACGUCCUGAGGAAGCACCUAAAAAAGCCACCUGUCACGGGAAUCUUUGGCGAGUGGGGACAUUUCCUUCAGCGGGACUCCUUCAGCAUUCCUGAAUCGCCCUGGGCAGAGGACGUGGAUUGCUGCGCCACGCCCGAGGUGGAGGACUGCGCCCCCAUCUACCUGGCCAAGGACGACCCCGACCACUCCACCAUCCAGUGCCUGAGCUUCAAGAGGUCGGCGAAGGCACAGGCAAUCCUUGGACAUCGAGAGACGCUAUCCCUUGUGUCGACGUAUUUGGAUGCCACGCCUGUCUACGGAGCCACCAAUGAGGUCGCCUUUUCUAGGAAGACAGGAUACUUCGGUUACCUCAAAGCUCCAGAGAAGGAGGAGGAGAGUGACAGUGGGACGAAGAAAGAGGGGAAGUGCGCUGCCCCAGAGAGCUUCGAGGGAUGCUUCCAGUUGUCGGAAGGAGACGAUUGGCUGGAGAAUCUGAGGUUGUUGUUUGUAAUGGAACACAAUCGCAUCGUGGACGCCCUGGCUGAGAUCAACCCUCACUUCGAUGAUUCGCUGCUCUACAACGAAGCCAGACGUAUCACAAUCGCUGAGUACAACCAUAUCACGUUCAAGGAGUACCUUCCCGUAGUGAUGGGGGAGGAGCUGGUAAAGAAGCAUUCCCUCAACCCAGGCGCCGAAGGUCCCGGGGCAGGGUACAUCAAGGAAGUCAACCCCGGCAUUCUCAACUCCUUUGCCGUCGCCUCCUACAGGAAUCCCUCGAUGCACACGGAAUGGAGGAAGGACUGGGGGCCGACGGAGAUCCUGGAGUCGUCCCACUACAGUGCUGUCCAGGACGACCCUUACCAAGACCUCCUAGCCAUGGACAUCCAGCGCGGGCGCGAUCAGGGUCUGGUGGGCUACCUGACGUGGAGAAGGUUCUGUGACAGCACGCACUCUUACAACACCUGGGAAGACCUGGAGAAAGGGCUGUCAAAGGAACUCGUGAACGAUCUCAAGGAAUUGUACCAAGACGAGAUCGAUGAUAUGGAUCCUCUGGUGGCGCUGCUGGAGAAGCCGGACGAGGAGGACGGCGGCAUCGUCGGCAAGACUUUCACCUGCCUCUUGGCUGACCAGUUUGCCCGGCUGAAGACUGGCAACCGGUUAUUCUGGGAGCACGACAGCAGCAUGCUGACGGUAGAACAGCGGGACUUCAUCAAGACUUCAUCCCUUGCGAAACUGUUGUGCCGGAACACUCCCGUCCAUGCCGUCCCUGCCAAUUCCUUCCUGCCUCCUUCUGACACGAAUCCGCUGGUGACGUGUGCGGAGAUCGCUGCAGAUGACCUCUCCCCGUGGAAAGACACGUCCCUUAUCGAAAAGAUGAAGGAAGUGAAGGCGGCGCAAGAAGCAGAGGAGAAAAACAAAGAAAAAACGGAGGAGAAAGCCAGUAAAAAGGAAGAGCUUUAGAGUCCGCGUUUAGGGCUGGGUGUCCCAAUUUUCAUGAGCGUUGCACACAGUCAACGGUUUAUCUGCGAGAUGUUGUAAUUGUUAUUUGUUUCCAUUAGAUGUUAACAUUUUUGAUUAUAGAAUCGUACAGGAACCAAUUUUGACUAUUUUUGUAUUGAUUAUUUAACAGAUCGUUCUGCUGUGCACGAGCGAAUAGAUUCACUUGUUGGUUGUUAUAUUUAAAGUCUGGAUUGUGUUAAUCCAGUUGGGAGAUUUGAAAUCCCCGGAAUAAAAAAAAAGACAAAC